AUGGCGGACGACAAGCAAAAGCCGAUCAUCUUCCUCGUUCACGGCGCGUGGCAUCGUCCACUGCAUUAUCGCCCUCUCAUCCAUGCUCUCCAAGCCAAAGGCUUCACCGUUCUGGCACCUCCCCUGGCAAGCUCUGGAUAUGAUGACUCAGUCGACGGCAAGACGUACCAUGACGACGUGAAGCGUGUCCAUGAUGUGCUUCUGCCCUUCUUGGAUGAAGGAAGAAUUGCUAUUGGUAUCGGCCACAGCUACGGAGGAGUGCCUCUCACCGUAGCUAUCCAAGGUCAUACUGUUGCCGAGCGGGCGGCCAAAGGCCUCAAGGGAGGAGUUGCAUCAGCCAUCUACAUCUCAGCGACCCCGGUUAUCGCGAAGGACAUUUCUAUGUAUGAGUCUGUGGGAAACAAGUAUACGACUGACUGGCUCCACGAUGAAAAACGUCUUCCUCUUAAACCGGACAUCGCAUCAGAUGCAUUCUAUUUUGAUGUUGAACAGUCCAUCAGGGAUGAAGCAAUGGCGCAUGUUUGCCACCAGAGCCGUGGUCCCUUCGAGGUUCCUGUUGUCUGCACGCCGAAGGACCUUGACAUUCCCAAGACUUACGUCGUCUGUCUAAACGACAAGAUCUUCUUGAAGGACAUUCAGGCUUAUGUGGCGGAUAACUGGGGAGCUAAGCCCCUUGAGAUCGAAUCGGGACACAGCCCGUGGUUGAUCGAUUCUCAUAGAGAGUGGCUUGUCAAUCUUGUUGAGGAGGAAGCAGCUAAGGUUUGA